AUGGCGGGCAAGCUCGACCGGGUGGCCAAGCGGCAGAAGCUGACGCAGGGCCAGCUCGACACCAAGAUGAUUACGUCUCCUUCCUCCUCUCCAUCAUCUUUUACUUCUACUUCACCGUCCACUUCAUCGUCCUCUCCACCUCCACGACUCUUCGCCGACUGGCUCAAAGGCGUGCGACUCUCCACCGCCACCUCCGCCCACAUCCACGUCCGCGUCCUCUCUUCUCGGCCGUCGAGCAACCUGCUCAGCUGCCUGGCCGACCAGCCGUGGUUGAUCGAGCGCGUGGUGCCUCUCUCCGAACUGCGCCUGCCCAAGCACCGCUUCCCUGCGGGCAUCGAACCGUACCUCUCGGCAGGCCUCCGACCAGGCCAGAAGGUGCCCGCCACGCUGGUCACAGGCUUCAACGACCAGUGCUGCAACCUCUUCAAGUACUCUCGGGAGGAGCUAGAGGGACUGAACGCCCUCCGCCUGUAUUCACGGUCAGUCUGGGAAGUGUUGCCCGCCAUCGCCGAGGUGGUGUUCAGCAAGUGGCCCACCACCGAUGGCCCCGUGUACCACUUCACGACGCCCAUGAUCGACAAGCAAGGCGGCAUCCUCUGCACCGAGUGCCGCUGGCAGGGCUUCUACGACUUGCAAGGCAACUUCUCCUGGGGCGUGACGGUGGUCGACCGCUGGAGCGGACCGUUCAUCAAUCACCUCGAGCACCACCAGCAACCUCCAGAACCUGUGGAAGAGGCGGCGCCCACCAGCCAACCCCAUCACAACCCAACCAACUUCGUUGACCAUCCUCCAACACUCGAUGACUUGCUGUACAGUCACUUCUUUCAAGACGAUCCACCAACAUGA